AUGGCGGCAUUGCAGUCGGAGGAUGGCAUGUGUGAUGUCGCUAUGAAGCCGAAGCUGCUCCGCUCGCUGCUGAGAGAGUAUGUUCCGGACGAGAGACACCCGUUCACCAACCCCUCGGAGCUUUCAUACGUUGUAUCCACAGUUAAGACACAUAAACUGCUGUAUGAAUGGGUUCCGCAGCCCGUCAAACAGGAUCUCGUGGAAGCUUGGAAAUCAGCUGUUGACUCGUGGGUUCAUCGGUUGCUCACACUGGCAUCUAGCAAUCUGCCAGAUAAGUGUUGGGCUGGAAUAUGUUUGCUUGGAUUGACCAGUCAAGAAUGUUGUCCGGAUCGCUUUUUAACUUCAUAUGCUGCUUGGUUUGAUAAGCUUCUCUCAUGCAUUCAGCUUCCGGACGUUUCUAAUUUUGUGAAGGUGGCAUCUUGUGCCUCACUAUCGGAUAUGUUUACAAGGUUGGGUGGAUUUUCAAAUGCAAAAAAGGAUGGGAAUUCACAUUCAACAAAAGUUAUUCAGCCAACACUGAAAUUAUUGAUCGAGGAGAGCUCUGCUGAUGUUUUGGAAGGAGCUAUAUGUCUGUUGUGCACAAUGGCAAAUUUUUUUCCUUUAUCUGUCCACCGACAUUAUAAUAGUGUUGAAGCUGCUAUUGUUUCGAAGAUCAUUUCUGGAAAAUGCUGUGCAAGUGUGUUGAGGGUGAGAAUAUCUAUUCGAUAUCACAUAAUUAUACACACUCAGCAACACAUGUGCUCAUUUUUGUUUAUUUUGCAGAAGCUUGCUUAUGGCUUGUCAUUGCUUCCAAAAGCGAGAGGAGAUGAGGAUAGCUGGUGUUUGAUGAUGGAUAAAAUCAUGCUGCAUAUAAACAGUCAAUUGACUGAUGUCUUUCAGGGUCUAGAAGAAGAGGCCAGAAGUACUCAAAUCAUGAGGGCAUUACUUCCAUCUGGCAAAGAACAUCCUCCACCCCUUGGUGGCUUAGAUAUCUCUGAGCGGACCUCAGACCUUUCAUCCAGGAGGCCUGAGCGUAUGCUGGGAUCUGGAGUUUCUACUCUAAUGCAAUGCUGUUGUGACAUGCUCCAGAGUUUUUACCCUGUUAUGGUUAAAGUCCCUGUUUCUGGUCUAGUAGUACUUGCUGGGAGGGUGCUGGCUGUUGAUGGUUCCCUGUCGCCGUCUUCAUACUCUUUUAUGAGCACCCUGAAACAAGAAUUUAUUUUUUCUGAAAUUCCUCUUUUGCAAUUGCAUAGCCUGGAAAUUCUCGCAGCUCUUGUCAAGGUGUUGAGCAGCCAAUUGUUACCACAUGCUGCGGGUAUUGUACAGCUGCUGGUUGACUUAUUAAGGACAUCCAAAUUUCCUGAUUUGAAGAUAAAAGCAUACUCCAUUUUAAAAGUCCUAGUUAUGGCCAUGGGCAUUGGUACUGCAAUUCAUAUUAGCCAGGAUAUUGUAAACAAUGUAUGUAUUGAUUUAGAGUUCUUUCACGGCAAGAAGGAUGGCAAAGGUGCAGGCACCCAAACCAUGGUCCAUCCGGAGCUGUUGACUGGGUCUCAACAGAGGAAAAGGAAGCAUGCGUUUAUGGCUAGGGCCGCCCAAGAGCAGCUUGCUCACGAUCAUCUGGAAGUGGAAAAUCUCCAUAGUUCAGCUCCAAUAUCAUUGAAUAUAGCUGCAUUAGAGACUUUAGAGGCUCUUCUAACCGUGGGAGGCUCAAUGAGAUCUGAAAGAUGGCGAGAAAAUGUCGAUCAUCUACUUAUAUCCGUGGCUACAAAUGCUUGCAAAGGGGGAUGGUCGAGUGAGGAAAAGAAAAUUUUUCUCUCCGGUGAUCCUCUGCCUACAUGGACGGACUUCCAACUAGCUGCCUUGCGUGCCCUUUUGGCAUCCCUUCUUUCACCUGGCCGCACGCGCCCGUCACAUCUGGCCCUGGCUCUACACCUUUUCCACAGAGGUGGCAUGCAAGAAGCGGGCACAAAAAUCAGUGAAUAUUGCGGUCAUGCCCUUCUGGCCUUAGAAGUGCUCAUACACCCAAGGGCCCUUCCAUUAAUAGACUCUAGCUCUAAUGAAUAUAAUUUUUUAACUCACAAAAGGUGGCAGGACACUACACGCCCUAGUGGAGAUGGACAAAUCUCCACAUAUCAUAUUGGAAACAGUGCCAGUGAGCCCGAAUCAGAAGAAGACGACCUAGACGAAAAUUGGCUCAGAAAUAACAAUGAAAUGGAUACUCAAAUCACUGAAAGUCAAAUGCCUCGCUCACUAGAUGAGCCCCCUUCUGUUGAGGUCGCAACCACUAAUUUCGGGAAAAAUGAUGUGAUAAUGUCUGGUGGUGAUGUUAAUAUGCCCGAGUCUGGGGAUCUGAAAAUCAAUAUCACGGAGCAAAGAACAACCAUCGAUGAUGGCGGUGGUGUGGGGCCCACAUGUGGUCGAGGAAGUGCAGAGAUAGAAUCGGUGAGCAGGGAAGUUAAAUUUGUCGAGAAUGAAGUAGUGGUGAAGAGUGAUUUGAUUUCCAAGGCAGGAUCCACGACUGGACAGGAAGUUGUGGAGGACAAGAACGACGAGCGCGCGAUAAUUGUCGAACGAAUUUCGACCAUGUUUGCGUUGGGGCACGAGUUGUCUGACGGUGAUGGGCCACUUCCUGAUAUUGUCGAUGGCGAUCCGGAUUCCGACUAA